AUGUCACUGGUCUUUGAUACCAACAUGAGGUUCAAAUUCCCAAUUUUGGCCAUAUGCUUGCAGUUCUCUAUGAUCAUUUUAUUUGGAUUUUUUGUUGGCUAUGAAAAUCAGGAGCCAUAUGUCCAGCAGAAUAACAGCACCAAUCAGACUGGCAGAUUCCUUGAGCUAUACCCCUUGUUCCAGGAUGUCCACGUGAUGAUCUUCACAGGUUUUGGAUUCCUCAUGACCUUCCUGAAGAAAUAUGGCUUCGGCAGUGUGGGCAUCAACCUGCUGAUUGCUGCCCUGGGUCUGCAGUGGGGCACCCUCAUGCAGGGGAUAUUACAUCACCACAAGGAAUUUCACAUUGGCAUCAAAAACAUGAUAAAUGCAGAUUUCAGUACAGCCACAGUUUUGAUUUCCUUUGGAGCUGUCCUAGGGAAAACAAGCCCAGUCCAGAUGCUAAUCAUGGUGAUUUUAGAAAUUGCUGUCUUUGCAGCCAAUGAGUAUCUUGUGGGUGAAAUACUGAAGGCCACCGAUAUUGGAGCAUCAAUGAUUAUUCAUGCCUUUGGAGCUUAUUUUGGUUUGGCAGUAGCAAUUGUCUUAUAUCGGCCAGGUCUCAGGAAAAGAAAGCAUGAUAAUGAAGAGUCUGUGUACCACUCGGAUUUGUUUGCUAUGAUUGGUACACUUUUUCUUUGGAUGUUCUGGCCCAGUUUUAACUCUGCAAUUGCUGAUGCUGGAAACCACCAGUACCUGGCUAUUGUGAACACGUAUUUCUCACUAGCUGCCUGUGUGCUCACUGCCUUUGCACUCUCCAGCCUUGUUGAGCACCGUGGAAAACUCGAUAUGGUUCACAUUCAAAAUGCAACCCUUGCAGGAGGAGUAGCUGUAGGCACCUGUGCAGACAUGGCAAUCCAGCCCUAUGGUGCUAUGCUAAUUGGUAGCAUUGCUGGGAUUGUCUCUGUCCUUGGAUUCAAAUUUCUAACACCAAUUUUUGCUACCAAACUGAGGAUUCAUGAUACAUGUGGUGUUCACAAUUUACAUGGUUUACCUGGAGUGAUUGGGGGCAUUGCAAGCAUUGUGGCAGUAGCCUUGGGAGCCACUGAUAAGACCACUAUGGCCAUGCAGGCAGCUGCCCUGGGUACUUCCCUAGGAACGGCAAUUGUUGGAGGACUAUUAACUGGUUUAAUUCUAAAGAUACCGGUAUGGGGAGAGCCACCGGACCAAAAUUGCUAUGAUGACUCUGUUUACUGGGAGGUUCCUGAAGCCACAGAACAUAAAUAUUAUUUUCGUGAAAGUGGUGACCACAGCCAGCUGCAGCCAGAAGCCUAA